AACGCCGCCCCCUUUCUCUCUCCCUCUCUCUGUCUCUCUGUCUCUCUCUCUAUUUACUUCCUCGUACCUGGGACAAGCCACUGCACACAGCAGCGCUCCUCCGAUACAAGCUCUUGGGGGGGUUUUCAGUGAGAGUGCCAGGGACGAUCGCCGCUGUUGAUUCUGUCUAUUCCGCUUCGCUUCGUCUUGGGCUGGUCACCUCUGUGGAUUUUUCAGCUGGUUCGGAGACGGGACCUUCCCUACCACAACUCCGGCUGCCUAACCCUGCUCUCCCCCACCCCCUUCUUCCAGCCCAGAAGCGCACGCCUAGCGAGAGGCUGGGGACGGCCGCCACCGGACCAAGUUUAACGUGAAAACUUUGGGCCGGUGUUUUGACUUACUCCUUGCGACCGAGAGGAGAGGAGAGGAGGGGAAGUCGGUGAAUAACUUCUCACGGCGGUGUUUGACAUGAGGUCGCCGGGGAUAGCUGGCUGUCUGUGUGUCCUGGCCGCAUGGUUCACUCAUUUGGCCCUGGCCAUCAGUUCCAUGGACCCGGAGCGCUCGGAGCGAGAGGGUAGAUGUCAACCAAUAGAUAUCCCCAUGUGCCGGGACAUUGGCUACAACAUGACCCGAAUGCCCAACCUGAUGGGCCACGAGGAUCAGAGGGAAGCCGCCAUCAAGUUGCAUGAGUUCGCCCCGCUGGUUGAGUACGGAUGCCACAGUCACCUCAAGUUCUUCCUGUGCUCUCUCUACGCCCCCAUGUGUACCGAGGAGGUGUCCAUCCCUAUCCCCGCCUGCCGGGUGAUGUGCGAGCAGGCCCGCUUCAAGUGCUCGCCCAUCAUGGAACAGUUCAGCUUCAGGUGGCCGGAGUCGCUGGAUUGCAGCAAACUCCCCAACAAGAACGACCCUAACUUCCUCUGCAUGGAAGCGCCGAGCAACGGGUCGGACGACUCGGCCAGGGGAGCAAGCGCCUUCCCUCCCAUCUACAGACCGCACCCCAGAGGAGGAGGAGGGGGCUCACAGGACACAUACCAUAUCCCCAAAGAGAGCCCGGGCAAAACGCUCUGCGAGAACUCGCACAAGUUCCACCGGGUGGAGAAGAGCGCGUCGUGCGCGCCUCUCUGCUCCCCCAACGUGGAUGUCUACUGGGCCACCCACGACAAGGGCUUCGCUUUCGUCUGGAUCGCCAUCUGGUCCAUCUUCUGCUUUUUCUCCAGCGCCUUCACCGUCCUCACUUUCCUCAUCGACCCGCAGCGCUUCAAGUACCCCGAGAGACCCAUCAUCUUCCUCUCCAUGUGUUACUGCGUCUACUCUGCCGGCUACAUCGUCCGCCUGUUCGCCGGCAGGGAAAGCAUCGCCUGCGACAGGGACAACGGCCACCUCUAUGUCAUCCAAGAAGGGUUGGAGAGUACGGGCUGCACCAUCGUCUUCCUGGUGCUGUAUUACUUCGGCAUGGCCAGCUCUCUCUGGUGGGUCGUCCUCACCCUCACAUGGUUCUUGGCUGCUGGCAAGAAAUGGGGCCACGAAGCCAUCGAAGCCAACAGCAGCUACUUCCACCUUGCCGCCUGGGCGAUCCCAGCCGUCAAGACCAUCAUCAUCUUGGUGAUGAGGAGAGUGGCCGGGGAUGAGCUGACCGGAAUCUGUUACGUGGGGAGUAUGGACGUGAACGCGCUGACCGGUUUCGUGCUCAUCCCUCUCGCUUGUUACCUGAUCAUCGGCACCUCCUUCAUCCUGUCCGGCUUCGUGGCGCUUUUCCACAUCCGACGGGUGAUGAAGACCGGCGGCGAGAACACGGACAAGUUGGAGAAGCUGAUGGUGAGGAUAGGAGUCUUCUCCGUUCUCUACACCGUGCCCGCCACCUGUGUCAUCGCGUGUUACUUCUACGAGCGCCUCAACAUGGACUAUUGGAAGCUGUUGGCCACCCAAGAGAAGUGCAGGAAGGGCCACCACUCGAAUGACCUGGACUGCACCAUGACCAGUUCCAUCCCAGCAGUGGAGAUCUUCAUGGUGAAGAUCUUCAUGCUUCUGGUGGUGGGCAUCACCAGCGGGAUGUGGAUUUGGAGCUCCAAGACCUUGCAGUCUUGGCAGAACAUCUGCAGCAAAAGAUUCAGGAGGAGGGUGAGGAGGAAGCCCGCCAGCGUUAUAACGAGUAGCGUCGGGGGGUCUUACGGCAAGGCCCACCCUCCCUUGAAACCGCACGGGAAAUACGAACCUGCGCUGCCACCAACUUGCGUCUGACCUCGCUACAAUCCCGCUCCUUCCAACUUCUGAUUCGGGAGACAUCCUGAGAUUCAGGGGGGGGGGGGGACAUUUGGCCGUACAAACCAAACAAAAAAAGACCCCCCCCCCAAAAAAACAAAACAAUGAGCGACUCACCUUUUGAAGUGAAAGGCGAUGUGGAAUAGUUUCCUUUGCUGGUGACACAGCUGGCCGGGGCUGCAUGGCGAGGUUCAAGGAGAGGUUAAACUAUAGGAGGGACCUGUGGCGUCUCAAAUAUUUGGAAUCAGAAAUCAGAGACGCCUGUUUCUACAAUGUGUGUUCUGCUGUAAGUUUUGGAAACGGUGAUUGGACUCCCCGGACUCGGCGGCUCCGCUCUUUCAACGUGAACAUUUUCAGGGAAAAAAGUAGGAACUCUUCAGUAUUUUGUCGAUGAGCAAUAUUCUUCCGAAGAUGGGCUACUCUAACAAUGUGCAAUAGUUCCCCCACCCUCCCUCCCUCUCUCUCUCUCCCCCUCCCUCCCUUCCUCUCUCCCUCUCGUUCCAACAAUCAGCUGCAGAUAAAAGACUUACAAAGAAUCUCUCUCUGACAAAAGAACUUAGAGGUAUGGGCGACAGAAGUUCUUUAAUGACACAUUUUGCUUUCUGAUGGAGAUCAAGCUAGUGUCAGGCAAGUUGAACUGAUUUGUAAACGGGCGAUUCAAAGAGACCCACGGAGCUUGUCGACUCGCCUCAUUGUAAAGCUAAUUCAAGCCAUGAAUAGAUCAACAAGCACUAGGUGAGACAAAGAACUGUGUGGCAGGAUGUCUCUCGUAUUGUGUAGCUCUUCGCGUGCUUUGUGAAGCACAUUUGUACAUAUUUGUAAAAUAUAAUUGUCGUCGAGUUCGUCUAUUUUAUAAAAAAUAAAAUGUUUCUUUAGUUUGGCAAGA